AUGAAACUUAAAAGUAACCCUUCUUACACAAUUGAAGUGACUGAAUUCAUACUCCUGAGUUUUUCCUGCUCCAAAGAGAUUCAAGUCUUCCUCUUUCUACUGUUCUCUAUGUCUUACAUCCUGACACUGAUGGCUAAUGGGGUCAUUAUCUGGGCCGUGAAGGUGGACUACAGGCUCCAUACCCCGAUGUACUUCCUACUGGCCAACUUCUCAUUCCUGGAAAUCUGCUACAUUAAUACCACUGUUCCCAAUAUGUUAGGAAACUUCUUGUCUGACACCAGAACAAUCUCUUUCACAGCCUGCUUCAUCCAGUUCUAUUUCUUCUUUUCUUGUGGCAUCACUGAGACAUUCCUAUUGCCCCUGAUGGCUUUUGACCGAUAUUUGGCCAUCUGCCACCCUCUCCACUAUCCUACCAUCAUGAGUGGUCGUCUCUGCUUUAACUUGAUGGCCAUCUGCUGGGUAACAGCCUUCCUUUGCUAUCCAAUCCCUAUCUACUUCAUCACCCAACUCCCUUUUUGUGGCCCCAAUACCAUUGACCACUUUGUCUGUGACCCUGGCCCUCUUCUGGCCCUGUCCUGCACCCCUGCACCUGGUAUUGAGCUUUCUUGUUCUUUAAUAAGCUCACUCAUCAUCUUCAUCACUUUCAUCUCCAUCCUUACAUCCUACAGCCUGGUCCUCAGAGCAGUGUUCUGUAUACCUUCAGCAGCUGGCAGAGGUAAGGCCUUCUCCACUUGUGGUUCCCAUCUAAUUGUAGUGUCUAUGUUCUAUGGAACCAUAAUGGUAAUGUACAUCAGCCCAAAUUCUGGAAAUCCAGCUGGAACACAGAAGAUUGUAACUUUGAUCUAUUCCUCAGUGACCCCACUUAUAAACCCACUGAUCUACAGUCUCAGGAACAAGGAUGUGAGGAAUGCCUUGAGAAAAAUUCACAUAUGUGCAAAAAUUGGACAAAAUUAA